AUGGAGGACAGGCUGUGGACUGUGUGCCUUCUUGUCAUUCUGACGCUGGGAUGGACCGAAGCUCAGAGUGAGAGUAACUACACCAGGCCCAUCUUCCACUGUGGAGGCCAUCUGGUCACAGACUCCGGCAUCGUGGCCAGUGAAGGAUUCCCCAGUCCCUACAAACCCAACAGUAAAUGCACCUGGUACAUCACUGUCCCAGAGGGUCACGUGGUAAUGCUGUCUUUCCGCCUCUACGACAUGGAGGCUGACCCCACCUGUCGUUACGACUACCUGGACGUCUACAAUGGUCACACCCGCUUGGUGCAGAAGCUGGGUCGUUUCUGUGGGACGUUCCGGCCCGGCGCCCUCAUCGCCACCUCCAACACCAUGAUGUUAGAGAUGGUGUCGGACGAAUCCACUGGAGGAAGAGGCUUUCUCGCUUCCUUCAGUGCAGGGAAGCCCCAUGUGGAAGAGAACCAGUUCUGUGGAGGACGUCUGACUAAAUCGCAGGGCUCUGUGAAGACGCCCAACUGGCCCAACUCUAAUUACCCAGCAGGCAUCAGCUGCUCCUGGCACAUCUCCGUAGAACCGAGCAAUGUGAUCGAGGUGAAGUUUAUGAAGCUGGACCUGGAGCCUGACACGUACUGUCGCUACGACUAUGUGGCAUUGUUUAACGGGGGAGAGAGGGAUAACUCACGGCGGAUUGGGAGAUUCUGCGGAGACAGGUCCCCAGGAAUAAUAGUGACAAAUGGGAACGAGCUUCUUGUCCAGUUCGUCUCUGACCUGAGCGUGACCUCAGAUGGCUUCAUGGCCCACUACUCCAGCUUCCCCCGAGGGUCUCGGGCGCCCACAGCUGGGGGGGACUUCAUCUAUGGACCUCAGACGACCUCGAUGCCAGAAAGAACAGUCGUGAGGCCAAGCAGACCCACCAAUCCAACCCCCAAACCAAGGCCUGGCCCUAAACCCACCCCGAAACCAGCCAAAAAAACACUGGUGAAGAUACCGCUGAAACCUCCACCGCGCAAACCUAUCGUCAAGCCUGCAGUCAAGCCCUCGGCUAAACCAAAACCAGCUAAACCCACACCCAAAGCACCUGUGAAAAAGUCCACACUUAAACCUGGAUUUAAACCGAGAGCUAAACCUACACCCAAACCUAAGAUUAUCAAGCCAAGCAUCAAGGCUAAACCCACACGUAAGCCUGCACUGAAGACCAAACCCACCUUAAAACCCGGUAUCAAACGAGUAAAGCCAACCUCUAAGAGCAGAGUUAAACCAACAGCCAAACCGAAGAUUAAGCCUAAAGUAACACUUAAACCUGGAGUAAGCAAGACGGUCACAAAGAAGCCUUUUGUGAGCAAGAAACCUUUACCUCUAAACCCACUAUGUACACAAGCCUGUAAGAGGACAGGAACUCUCCAAUCUAGCUUCUGUCCUCAUGACUUUGUGAUUACGGGUAAGGUUACAUCUUUGACCACUGGUCCGAUGGGCUCAGCAACAGUUGAGCUGUUCCUAAUCAAGGCCUAUAAGGCGGGAAGACUGAACAUCACCAAAUCAGGGCCCAUCAUGUCGGUCACACUGACCUCCACCUGCAAGAGAUGCCCCGGUCUAAUCAAAGGCCGUAACUACGUGUUGAUGGGAAAAGUCGACCCACAGGGCAACGGCCUUCUCAGCCCCUCCAGCUUCUCUCUCCUCUAUAAACCCAUCCACAACAAAGCACUGGCCAACCUCUUGCGCAAACCGUGCUGACAUUUCAGCCCAGCCCACCAAUUGGAUGGACA